CAAGCGCGCGCUUUUGGCGCCAAAUCGCCUCAUCCUACCCGCGCGGGAUUUGCCGCUGCCCCUCGCCCGCGCCGCUGCCAUGAUCGGGCAGAAGACGCUGCACUGCUUCUUCAGCGCCGCGCCGGCCAAGAAGCGCGGCCGCUCUCCGGAGCCGGCCGGCGACGCUGAGGUGAGCGCCGCGAAGAAGGCGAAGGCGGCGGGGGGAUGGGGCGGGCGGGCCUCGCCGCUGAGCCCGGAGCAGCAGGAGCGCAUCCGCAAGAACAAGGAGGCGGCAUUGCAGCGGCUGGCCGAGCGGAACGUGCCCCCGGGCUUCGGGGAGAGCUGGCGGAGGCAGCUGGCCGGGGAGUUCUCCAAGCCCUACUUCGUGGAGCUGAUGGCGUUUGUAGCAGAAGAGAGAAAACGCUACACGGUCUACCCGCCCCCUGAGCAAGUCUUCACCUGGACGCAGAUGUGUGACAUCAGGGAUGUAAAGGUGGUCAUUUUGGGACAAGAUCCAUAUCAUGGACCGAAGCAAGCUCAUGGGCUCUGUUUCAGUGUCCAGAAGCCCGUUCCACCUCCCCCCAGUUUAGAAAAUAUUUACAAAGAACUAUCUACGGAUAUUGAGGACUUCACUCAUCCUGGUCACGGUGAUCUAACUGGCUGGGCCAAGCAAGGGGUGCUCCUACUCAACGCUGUCCUCACGGUGCGAGCUCAUCAGGCCACCUCCCACAAGGAGCGAGGCUGGGAGCAGUUCACGGAUGUGGUGGUGUCCUGGCUCAACAAGAACUUGCAUGGGGUUGUCUUCAUGCUGUGGGGAGCCUACGCCCAGAAGAAAGGCAGCUCCAUUGACAGGAAACGCCACCACGUCCUGCAGACGGUUCAUCCCUCGCCCCUCUCGGUCAACAGAGGGUUUUUUGGCUGUCGGCAUUUCUCAAAGACAAAUGAAUUGCUCAAGAAAUCUGGCAAGAAGCCCAUCGACUGGAGAGCGCUCUGAGCAGCGCGUGGGACCUGCUGGGGUCUACUGGUUGGAAACAGCCCCCGUUUCAGGGGUUGUCUUGUUUCUGAAUGACUUCUGCUGACCUGAGGAUUACUCUUUGGAUGUUGAUUAAGGGACAAAUGGCCAAACUUUCAUAGUUGCUGUAUUUUUUUAAAAAUGUUUUUUGAAGAGCAUAUCGGACUGUUAGAUGGACAAUGUCUCUGCCUAGUUUAAAGGAAAGCAAAAAAAAAAAAAACCAAAAAAAACCCACCCCAAAACACCAGCAACUUGCCAGAGUUGUUUUAUAUUAAUUUGUGUUAGUUGUUGUAAUGAGAAUAUCUUUUCAGGCUCUUGAAGGGAUGUCGGUUCUUACAGGUGAAGCUGUUCAGCUUUUGUAAAUACCCUGCUGUGCCUCCUCCCCCUUCUUCACCUCCUACUGUGCCAAUCCAGGUUUCAUAUUUGGGGGCUGUGGAGCUGGCUGCAUGAGAGAAAAGGCAGAUGCUUUUGAGAUGCUUUUGGUUUUAGCUUUUUGCUACAGAUUGAGAUUUAUUAGAAAUACGACCUCUUGGGACUGCAAAGACUAUACUCUCAAGGGUUCAAGGUAAAUCCUCCCACCCCCAGCAUCAGAGAGGAGACCGUGACUGAGGCGCUGGUCGUGCUCUGAGCUUUUUGUUGGUAUUUAGAGAGGAAAACCGGAAGUUUUAUAGGUUCUUACUGGGUGUGUUAAUUGCUUAGAUGACAGGUGAGCUUUGAUGACCACAAACCUGCUGAUGGCAGCAGGGAAGGUGCGUUUGUCAAAAUCUGCCAAUUGAUGGGCUGAGGGUUGCAAAUUAUUUAAGAUCUUUUAAGAUCUUAGAGUUUUGUGCUUUGCCUUCAUAGGAGAGAACUGAGGUUUCCAGCCACUGUUGAAAAUAGUUGUUGGGACUUCCAGGAUGAAGGUGAGGUUGGACUUUGUGCUUCUGGGUUUACAGUCUUAUCUUUGACUUCUGUAAUUCCUUUAAUGGAAGUGAAGUGCCUUGCUUGCUUGGAAAUUACAUCAGUUUUUAUAACUUGUAAACCUUUUAUUGGUAUUUUCCUCUGAUAGGUAACACUAGUACAAGUGAAACUUACACUUUCUGUGGCUGCUUGUAUUUGUUUGUUUAGGUUUGGUUGGUUGGUUUGUGUUUUUUUUUCUCCCCGGUUUGGUUUUUUUUUUUUAAAAAAAUAAAAAUUACUUUA